AUGAAUAAUCAGGCGCGGGCAUCGCGUCACGCGUCUGGAAUUUUACCGUCAAAGCAGUUUUUUGCACCAAGAAAACCAAUAACGGCCUUAUCACGAAGAAAGUCCGCACUAUCUGUCGUUGGUAAUUCACCAAAUACUCCACCUUCACCUGGUGCACAAUCCAUUACUACCAAUAAUAGAUCCACACUUAAUUCCGUAAUAAAUUCUCAGCUUUUGAAUUUCAACUCCGAAGAUGAAGUUUCUCUUUUACAGCAACCUUCCUCACUUGCUCUUGCAGCCUUUUCAUCACAAACUUCCUCCAAUAAUAAUAAUAACCUUUCACUCGACCAAUCGAUUGAUAAUAUUUUUAGUCCAGAUGCUUCCGCUACUAAUCGAACAUCACUUAGUAAACCUCCAAGUGCUUUACUUUUAAGGCGUCAACAACGUCAACAAAAUGGUGAAGGUGGAAGUACAGAAUUAUCCCAAGCUGUUAUCAAUUCAGUUCUGGAGCCAAUUAUUCCGGCACCAGUUUUAGAACCUUCAUCAUAUAGACAAUUAAUGCGCCAAGCUACUCUCAAUGCUGGUUCAGAUCUAUCAUCGAAAGAUUUUGCAGCUGCUACCGCUUAUUCUAAGCAUUCUGAUAUUUCUCCUAAUACGCCUUCCUCGAACACUAAACUUACUGAGAUGUCAUCAAAAAAAUUUAACUCUUCUCAAACAAAACAACCUACUUUUAAUAUUAAAUAUCCUCGAAUUAUGUCGCCGCAUUCUUCGACUGAUCAUAAAGGUCAACGUUUAUAUCAAGUAUGGCCUGGAAGAAAUCGAUUUUUUUUAGGUGGUAGGAUAAUGACUAGUAGGGAUUUUCCCGCUUUUUUGGUUGCCUUUUCUGCCCUUGUAGUUCCAUCUGGGCUAUUUAUGGGAUUUACCAUGCUUAGAACUUCAUGGUCGGAUCCAGGUAUAGUUCCAAGAAAUUUAGAUCCGUCACCUCCAACAGAAUGUGUAGAAGAUCCAGAAAAUGCUCAAAAUAAUCCAAAUAUCGAUGUUUUUGAACCAGCUCGUAGCUUUCCACUUCCAAAAGAAGUUAGAAUUAAUGGACAAACUGUUAGAUUAAAAUAUUGUGAAACAUGUAAAAUCUAUAGACCACCUAGGUGUAGUCAUUGUAGACAAUGUGACAAUUGCGUAGGUGGACUAACUGGUUAUCACAUAUAUUUAAUUAGCAAUAAUUUGACUACGCAUGAACAAAUACGUGUUCCUAUGGCAAGGAGAAAUAACAGGAACCCGUUCGACUAUAGGAAUGUAUUUAGGAAUUGUCUUUCGGUUCUUUGUAGACCUAUGUCGCCAAGUUCGGUCAGCAGACGUGCUUAUGUUAAUAAACAAGAUAUUAAUACACAUGGAUUUAAUGAGGGUGUUAGAAGUACGGUCAUAGCAGGUGAUUUAAAUAAUAAUAAUACACUUGGUGAAUGUGAUAUAAGAGUAGAUAUAAAAGAAGUCAUAACUGUUAAUAAUAGUGAUGAAGAAGUAUCAUUAUCACCCAAUUUACCUGUCCCAUCUAUUAAAAUUAAUGAUAAUGUUUCAUUUUCAAAUGAAAAAGAACAAGUUAAAGAACCACAAAUGACAGAAGUAAUAAUUACGACAGAAUCAUCUUAA